CCUUGAUGACUUUUACUUAAAAGUCCCAAUAAAAGUCCUCUUUAAAAAAAUGUUUUUGUCCCAAGUGUCCUAUUUAAAAAAAGAAGCUACUUUUAUAAUAAAAAAUUUUCUUAAACAAUUUGGGUAUAGAAAAUAUGGCGAAACCAACACAUGAAUUGAUAAAAACUACAGUUGAUUGUUUCCAAUUAUUGUUCCUUGCUAAAAUAAAAAAGUUACCUUGUUGCAACAUGGUUCUUCUUAUGGAACAGAGGAAGUAGAAGCUUUUUCUCAUGCAAUUUGAUUUUCGCUACCUUAUUUUCCCCAAGUUAUGCCUCACUCUAUGAGAAAUAAAUUUAUUACAUUUGUUAUGCCUCGCUCAGGUAAAAAUGUUCUCUUGAAUAAUGUUCUCAAGUAUGUUUGAGUCUUGAAAAUUUUCUUGCUGGUCAUACCUUUCUAUUAGCUAAGUAGAUUACUCUGAUAGGGUUCAGCUGGUAGGUAAUAUUAUUGGUAAGGAUAAGUACUGUGUUCAUGGUAUCUUAUGAAUCCUUGUUAAAAUGGGCCACUAUUUGUCCUGAAGACUUUCCUUCAUCCUGCAAAACUAAGCUGACCCUUGUAAGUUGAGCCAAGGCAUUGAUGCAUUGUGCAUUGUGCAUUUUGGCCCUUUUGGAGCACCAAGAGAGAAUCAUACUAUUCCUGCGCUGGGUCAAGGGUAAAAAUUGUAGGGAGUAUAAACAUCUCUAUCCUUUUUAACUCUUCAUAUGUCCAAUUACUGCUACUAAAAUUUUAUUUUUGGAUUUAAAGGCAAUCAAAAAGUUUCUGCACUUCGGGAGGCUGGUAUUUCAUAUGUUAUUGUAGUUUUAUUUAUUUAUUUAUUCCCAAAACAUUCCCGGGUAAGGGGAAACUAUCAAACUAGAGUGCCUGGGAACAGUUAAUUCUCCACAGUUUUUUGCUACUCUACAAGUGACGGUGAUGCCUAUUGCCUGGAGCUCUUUGAUCAAAGGUUCGUCUGGUUACAGACAAGACAAACAACAAGCCCAGAGGUUAUGCCUUUAUUGAGUAUGUUCAUAGCCGGGAUAUGAAAGCUGCAUACAAACAAGCUGAUGGGAAGAAGAUCGAUAACAGAAGGGUGCUUGUUGAUGUUGAAAGGGGAAGAACAGUCCAGAAUUGGCGGCCUCGUAGACUUGGUGGUGGACUUGGAACCACGAGGGUUGGAAUUGAAGAGCUUAGCCAGAAGUCUUCUGGGAGGGAGCAAGUGCAACCGGGAGGAACAUCUCGGUCUGAGGAACCAAGGAUACGAGAUGACAGAGAGAGGGACAGAGAGAAGUCCCGUGAGAGGCCUAGAGAAAGAGAGAGGGAACGUGAAAAGUCUCGCGAGCGCUCACAUGACAGGCCAAAAGAUCGCGAACACAGGGAUGAGAGACACCACAGGGAUCGUGAGAGAACCAGGGAUUCUAGGGAUAAGGACCGUGGUCGUGACCGAGACCGAGACCGCGGGAAGAAACGCGACCGGGAUUAUGAACGCGAAAGAGGAGACCGCCACAGAGAUAGAGACAGAGGGAAAGACUAUGACUUUGAUGUUGAGAAUGAUCGUGGCCGUUCUCGCGACCGUGGUUAUGAUUAUGAUCACGAGCAAGACCGGCAUGGUGAGAAGGAGAGGAACCUUGAUCACGAGGACGAAUGGUGGUAUGAUCAGCCCGGUUAUACAGGCGGGCAUAACGGUCGGCGUUCGGAUGGUGGGGACCGCCGGGGACACUAUGACCACCGCCACCACCAAAGCCGCCGCGGUGAGUUUGAUGAUGAUGAUGAUGAUCCAGAUGCACGCGAGAGAGGAGAGGAUGAUGGUGAUGACGACCGUUACAAAGAUUCUGGGCGUGGUGAACGGAUGGAUGAGGACGAGGAAGACUAUGGGUACGACCGCCCGUCAGAGAAGGAGCAUCGGCGGGCAGAUAGGACAGCUGCUUUCCAUGAUUAUGAGCAUUAGUAGUUAAUGAUAAUGCAUUCAACUUUGAAAGGCAGGCAGGCACAGACACACAGACCAUCAGGUGUGUGUUCUUAUUUUACUAAUACUAUAUGCAUAUGCUGAUUGAUGAUGGUCGGAGAUGCUAUUAUCGCUCCUCUGCUGCAGUUUUUUUUCCCCACCUAUCUCUCUCUCCCCCCCCCCCCUUCCCCCCGAUGUGCUUCAGAGACUCAGGUGAUGGGGGUGGGUGGGCAGCUUUUCAUGUAAUUCUGGAGCUUAGUAUUUAUCUGGGUAAACAUACAUUUCUGAGACUUGGUUGUUUUGACAGAAUUGUACUUUGGUUGAGGCAAUUAGUGUGAAGUGUGAACUAAAUAUCCAAAGAUUGCUUUUUAAAAUCUACUGUGACAAUCUUACGCUCCGUUUGGUACAUGGAAUUAAUCUAUGGAAUUAGA